AGAGUAACCAACAUAGGUAACCAAUAUGCACACACACCGCCGAUUGUUGAAUGUGGGGAGGUUGGAUUACAUCUGAUGUAGCGAAGAAUGGACCUGAUUUUCUUAAUUUCAAUUGCAUCUGGUUUGAUUGUUAUUAUAUUUGUUGUUGCACUCCUUAAACAACGCGUCAUUCAAGAAACCUCUCCUACAAGAGAUAUACCACAGGAACGGGCUCAUGACAGACAGAUUCCAAGACGAGCAGUUGGUGCUCGUAAUACAAGAGCACAACUGAGGGCAGCUGCUCAUCAGCAGAAUGAAGCAGAUGAUGAGGAUGGAACUGUACAGGACGUGGGUGAAGAUAUUGAAUUUCCUGAUGGAAAAAUUGGCGCAAAAAAGCGGGCCAAGCUGGAAGCAAAGGCGGAGCGUAAAGCUCAAAGAGAGGCAGAGGAGAGAUCCAGAGAAGAGAGGAAGAAGCGACAGGAACAAGCAGAGGAGGAGAGACUGAAGGCUGCAGAAAGGGAGAAACAAGAAGAACAGGAGCGACUUGAAGGGGAAAGAAAAGCACGUGAAGAAAAAGAACGUCAAGAACAUGAGGAGUAUUUGAAAAUGAAAACUGCAUUCAGUGUGGAGGAAGAAGGGUAUGAAGAUGAUGGUGAAGAUGAUGAACAAAAGAAUUUACUUCAGGAGUUCAUAAACCAUAUCAAGAAUAUGAAAGUAGUUGUGUUAGAAGAUUUGGCUGCCCAUUUUAAAUUGAAGACUCAGCAUGUUAUUAACACAAUCCAAGAACUCCAAGCAGAAGGAUUACUUACAGGAGUUGUGGAUGACCGCGGGAAGUUCAUCUAUAUAUCAACAGAAGAACUAGAAGCUGUAGCCAAAUUUAUAAAACAGCGAGGACGGGUAUCUAUAGUGGAACUUGCAGAAAGCAGUAACCAGCUUAUAAAUCUGAAUUCCAACAUUAGUAAAUCUGUGUUACUUCAAAACUGAAGACAAAGAACAAUCAGAAAUUAAAAUAUUAUAUUUAACAAA